AUACUGCCAGGAAUGACAUGUAAGCAGUUUAUGCCUGAGAAUGUUGAGCAAUGGUCAUCUAAUAUGGGUUUGUGCAGUGGCAGUAGUCCUUUGUGAGGCCAAGAUAGAGGGUAUACUCCACAGCUCCACCCCAAACAUGGAUGCAUGUAAGAUUCUGUGCAAAGGCAAACUCUUGAAGUAUGUUCAGAUGGCGAGGCUGUUCAAUGACAGCAAACUUUUUGUUGAUAUGAAGCUUAAAGAGUCGCCAGAGAUCAUUGAACGGAAGUUCCAAACUCUCUUGAACCAGACCAAGAACCAGCCACCCAGAGAACAGCUCAUGAAAUUUGUCAAUGAUAAUUUUGAAGAUCCUGGUCAAGAGCUAUCCCUAUGGGUUCCUGAAGAUUGGAAACCCAUGCCUAAGUUUACUUAUGAUGUUUAUGAUCUACCGCUGAGAAAUUGGGUGCGUGAGGUCAAUGAGAAGUGGAAACUGCUUGGACGCAAGAUGUCAGUUGAUGUUAAAGACAAUAGCUAUCUCUACACUCAGAUAUACAUACCAAAUCCUUUUGUCAUCCCAGGAGGUCGAUUCAUAGAAGUCUAUUAUUGGGAUUCUUACUUUAUCAUUGAGGGUCUUCUGCUGUCAGAAAUGUUUGAUACUGCUAGAGGGAUGAUUGAAAAUUUCAUGUACCUUGUGGAUCAAUUUGGUUAUGUUCCUAAUGGAAGUAGAAAAUAUUAUUUGGGUAGAUCUCAGCCACCAUUAUUAAUUGCAAUGGUUAAUCUGUAUUAUGAGGCUACCAAAGAUGUCAGUUUCCUGAAUCAGAGUAUGGGAGCUCUUGAGAGGGAAUUUAGAUUCUGGCAGAACAAUAGAUCCAUAGAUGUGAAAGUGGAGGACAAAACUUACAAGCUGUAUCAGUAUAAAGUGACAACCACAGAGCCUCGGCCAGAGUCCUAUUAUGAGGAUGAAGAGCAAGUAAAAGGUAUUAAAGAUGAAAAGCAAAGAGAGAAAAUGUUCUCAGAAAUUCAGUCAGCAGCAGAGAGUGGAUGGGACUUUUCUUCUCGUUGGUUCUUGGCAAAUGGGGAACACACAGCUGAAUUUAAAGACAUCAGUAUUUUAUCUAUUGCUCCAGUUUGCCUCAACAGUAUAAUGGGCUUGAAUGCAAAGUUAUUGGCACGGUUCAGUAAGAUCUUAGGAAACAAGACCAAGUUGGAGUUGUAUGAGAACUUGGCUCGUGAAUCCAGUUUGACGAUAAGCCGUAUAUUCUGGAGUGACCGGGAUGGAGUUUGGCUGGACUACAAUAUUAAAAAGAAAAAGCUCAUACCAGGAUUUUAUCCUUCUAAUUUGAUACCACUUUGGGCUGAGACAUUUGGAGAGGAAAGAACUCCAGGUUUUAUUACUGAACAAGUUGUGGCAUACCUUGAUAGGAAUCAUAUUAGCAAAUUCAUAGGUGGCAUUCCAGCUUCCCUACUUGAGUCUGGGCAGCAGUGGGACAUGCCAAAUAAUUGGGCACCAUCACAGUAUUUCAUUGUCAUGGGUCUCUAUAAAGCUAGAAAACACAGUCCUCAAGCUGAGGAACUUGCUUUUACCCUUGCACGUGACUGGGUACGUAAUGUAUAUGAAACCUAUAUGAAUUCUACUCCUCACACAAUAUAUGAAAAAUAUAAUGCCUCUGCAAUUGGCAAGAUUGGGGAAGGUGGAGAGUAUGAAACACAGGAGGGCUUUGGUUGGACGAAUGGUGUAUUAAUGAAAUUCCUGAGCAUCUAUGGCCACAAGAUACGAACACAGGACGUCUUCGACCCAGCGCCACUUACCAUUGGAGUUGUACUCACGUUAGUGUCCAUAGUGUCUGUAGUAAGUUAUAUGUACCGAAUACGUGUUUUCCAUAGGAAAAGAUAUGAGCCAGAAGCAGAGCCAGUACUGCCUUGAAAGUAGACCAAAAAUUGCCUUAUAUAGUACCUGAUAAUAUAUAUUUUGAUAAGAGAAAAAACCCAUCUUUAGCCUGCACAGUCAUUCCAUUUCAAGCCUCAGAGAUGCAGCAUUACCCUUGAUAGAUUUUUAGUCAUACUAAGUAUGUCCAAUAAACAUUUUUUUUUAUUAGAGAGUGGUUGUAUGAUUCAGCUGAAGAGUUGUCAUUGGAUAAGUUCAGCGUUUUUACUGGAAAAAUAAUUUUCUAGGAGUUGAAAGAUCAAAAGACUAAAACAUUUAGUAUAUAUUUUAGUAUAUGGAAGUGCAUGUAAAAAAGAUUGAUAUUUUGCACAGGAAGUUGAACAAGUAGCAUAAUAUUUUUUAAAUUGCAUAUUUUAUACCAAAUAAGAAUGCCUUUCUUGUGAUUAGCUUGUAAGUGCUGUGUGUUAGCCAAAAGAUUGAAUUUUUCUCUAAGAAAUGAAGUAAUAUAAUGGCUUUUAUUAUAUAUUUUAAUUGAACAAAAACAGAUAUAAAGUGUCUUCCCCAAUUAAAUUUUCUUACGUAUGCACAUGGUAUACUCCUCAAGAAUAAGAAAUAUGGCCAGGGUUUCUUACACAAAGAAUUAAAUGACAUUUUUAUCAAAUAAUUUUUCUCAUAUUUUCUCAAAUCUGCACAUGCAUGACCCAUUCAGAAUGUGGAUAUCGUAAAGUAGUUUUCUGUCUCACCUCAGUUCCUAAUUACAAUGAAAUUCUGUGGUGCUUUUUGAGUGAAAAGACAAAGAACACGCAAGAAUCCCUUAACAUUUGGAUAUCUUUGCAUAAAUGGGAAUAACAUAUCUUCAUUGAAAUUAUGCCCUUUUUAAAUCAACUUGUAUUCAAAAGUCCCUGAACUUAACGAAUUUGGUAUUUAUCCAUUAUAACCUAAUGUAGAGCACAAACUGUAUGAAGCAGUUUGAAUUUAUAAUUAUUAAUUUUCCUUGUAUAUUUCUUAGCACAAAGGUUGUAAGAAAUAUUUUUAAUAGAUCAUUGUAUGCAUGGGCAUUCCUUUUCCCCUCUUAUUACCAUGGAUGCUGAGGAAUAAAUAAAUGUUUGUAGGGAUAUGUUGUGUAAAUGUAAAAACAAGUGAAGCCAAAGUAGAAAUCCCC